AUAGCUUUUUUAAGGGUAACACUUAAACUAAUUGAUACACGGAAUACAAAUUAAACUGCACUUAAGAACUACACUUAAGUUUAGUAAAGCUAUAGCUUAAGCCAUAUAUGAAAUACCGGCCCUAAGAUUGUAAUAAAAAAGUGCUACCAAAAGGCACCUGCCUUUUGUGUGCGUGUCCUCGCAUAUGAGCUGGUUAAAAAGUCCGAUUAAAAGGGUUUAUUUAGCAAAUUCCUUAGACCAUUCGCAUGAAGAAAUAGCGGUUCUUAAUAAGGGGUUUAAGUUCAGGAAAAUAUUUAAAUAACUAUAAUUGCAUAUGUAGAAUGAAAAAAAGCAAGAAUGAAUCAAGAAUUCAAAUUUUAAUUUUUGCUGAAUAUAAAAACGAUAACUUUGAACCUAAUAGAGAAAAAUUAAGGUAUGGGAUUAAUAAUUAAUGAAAUUAAAACAAUGCACAUUUAGUUUCCACAACCAAACAAAACUGGUAGUAGGAGAAAUUAUUAGAUUUAAAAUGGUAGACACUCUUAAGUACCUAGGAGUAGGACUGGACACAACCAAUCAAAGACAUGAUAAAGUACAAAGAAAAAUAACUGCAGCUAAUAGAUGUUUUGGAAUGAUGAAAUAGCUCUUUAAAUCUAAAAUCCUUUCAAAAAAAGUCAAAAAUAACAAUUUAUUAAGUAAAUUAAGUUUUACGCAUGUGUGGCAUGUCCUUCAACAAAAACUGAUUUAGCAAUAUUUGAAAGGAAAGUACUAAGACGAAUAUUUGACUCCAAAAAGAAUGAGGAAACCAAUGAAUAUGAGCGCAGAACUAAUGAUGACUUACCAUCUACACAACCAUUAGUAGAAAUGAAGAGCUAAAGAAUCGCAUGAUGGUCAUCAAGUACGAUCCUCAAUUUCUAAUAUAGGUUUCCACACCAUCAUUAUGGAGUAGAGCGCCCAUGAUCGUUUCCCCGGCGGAUAUGCCGAGUGGGCAACAACGAUGAGUGACGUGGUGUUUGUGUUUUGUUAGUAAUAUAUGUAUUUUUAUAUCCGGCCGGUAUGUGAGUACAACAUUCUUUCUAUCUUAUAAAAAUAAAAAUUUUACAUAAUGAGUUAUGGUAGUAAUGUGUACCCUCGACGUCUACGAGCGUCGGGGCCCCCUCAUGAGGUUUUUUUUUAGAUACUAUAAAAUUAUAUUAUUGUUAUUAUUAUAUUAACAGUAUAUGUCGCUAAUAUUAUUCAAAUAAUUUCUUUAAGUCCGAGUUUUAUGCCGUUUGGCUUUCUCGGCACAAAAUUAAACUUUUAUAUAUCUCCACAAAAUGUCUUGAAUUAUUUCCUCCUAUAUUUUCUCAUUUUUAUAUAUAAAUCCACAAUAUUCCGGCUCAAUAGGGCCUCGGUUCGUGGUUGGCGACCUUCUUAAAAUAUAAAGUGUUUGUCAUUGGGGCUCCACGAAUAGUGAAGCGUCUCAAGCCACUCAGCAAUAAGCAAUGAAUAAAUUACCUGUAUAAUGUAAAAAAUAUAAUACAUAAAUAAUAUUUUAAUUUUAUUCAAUAGACAUAUAAUGUACAUGAUUAAAUCAAAUUAUAUAUUAUUAAUUUUAAUUUUUAUAAAUUUAAAAAAGUUAGAUUAUACCUGUCCUAUGUUAAUAUUAUUUUCAUUCAAUGUGUUUUAUGUAUUUAGUUAAAUUUGAAAAUCCUCAUGUUGAGAGCGAAAAAACUUAUUUUAAAGCCUUGAUAUUACAUAAACCAAAAGAAGAUCACUAUACGAUAUUUAGAAAAACUUUAAUUUAUAAUAUCCAUAUUCCAAUCCAAGAACGUUUAGAUCAAGCUCUUAAAUUAAGAACGGAUACGUAUUUAAUUAAGUUUCAUAACAUGUUAUUAUACUAUCAUGUAUAUUCUAGUUAUCAAGUAUUAACACCUGAAAGAUAUGUGGUGGUUUUUCAAUCAUACUAUUAUGCAGCGAGUACUUAUUAUUUUUAUAAGGAAUGUGAAUUAGCACAUGCCGUGAUCAACUCUGGUUUGAAUAGUUAUGAUUAUAAUUCUGAAACAUUUUUUGAUAAAAACGAAGAAUACAAAAAGCAUGCAAUAGUAUGGCAUAUACUAUUUCUAAGAUUGAAAAUAGAUAUAAUGAAAUGUAUAGAUAAGCAUAAUACAGAUGAAAUUAAUGAAAUUAAUGAAUUAUUAAAAGAAAAUGAAGAGGAAUUUGAUAAAUCUGGUUACGGAUUCCCCAGUUCAGCAGUAUUAUUAUUUCGAAGUUAUUUUUUGGACUAUAGCAUUGAUGAAAAUGAAAAGAAUAAACUUAAAAAAUGGUUAACGAAUGAUGAAUUAUGGUUAUCCAUAGAUGACGAUCCUUUGUAUAAAAACUAUAUUUCUAUGUACAAGUUCUUAGUAUUUUACCAUAAAAGCCAAAAUCAGUAUGAAAAGAUAAGCAAUUUAUUUGAAGCGAUUAAAAGGCCGGUCUUAUCCACAGAAGAUAGAUUAUUAAACUAUGAAGCAAUUAAAUUGAUAUCGAAAGAUAUUGUUAGAUUAUGCAUUGAUUCAACUGAAUUGGCAAAAAAUGUUGACAUAUGUAAACAAUUUGAUGAAUAUAAAACAAAAAAUACAAAUUUAAUGUCAAAAAUAAUUCCCAAAUUACAUAUUCUACAUAAAUUACAAAAUAUACCAAAAGAAAAAUUUAUAGAAGACCUUUAUAGAGAAUUAAAUAAGGAUAAUUAUAUGAUUCAACAGGACGUAUUACAUUUAAUUAUGAAUGCGGCUAUAGAUAUCGACACAAAAUCAAACAAUUAUGAAACAAAUAUUGAAAAUGUUAAGCUUGCAAUCCGGUUACUUAAUAGUUACGUCAAAGGUCAAAAAAAAACCCUCAGUAAUACAAAAAAGUGUGAACAAGAGAAUUUGGAAAUAACUAAUGAAAUGGCUAAUGAAAAACCUAAAGAAACUAUUGACGAAAAAACUAAAGUAACUGAUGAGGACAAUACUGAAGAAACUGACAAGGAAAAACUUGAAAAAAAGGAAUCCAUAAAAAUUAAUUAUGAUGAGGAAUCUACAACAAAAUAUUUAACGGCUCAAAGAAUCAAUAAUCUUUUUAUUGCCUAUAAAUGGUUAAUAGAACUGAAUGGAGUUCUUAGUAAUAAUUCAAAAUCUAAUAAAUAUCAAAAUGGUUUAUUAAAUGCUAUAAAAAAUGCAAAUAAUUUAAUGAAGUAUAAUUCAGUUUCCGAUAAUAUAAAUUUAAACAUAGAUGAACAUUUUAAUUAUCUACAAGCUAAACAACAGAUCAAAAUUCUAAUUCCCCGUAACGAUUGGGAAUCCUCUAAUAGGUCUGGUGAUUGGAAACUACCAAGGAAUAUUUUUGAAAAUAUUAAAGCCAAGUUUAAUUUCGGGAACGAAUUUAUACAUGAUAAACUAACGCUUUUAGAAUCAAAUUAUGACCAAACCUGUCUGUACAUUAAUAAGAUAGAGUUGUAUACGUUAAUGUUUAGAUAUCAUAGGAAAUAUCACCAAGAUGAUUAUGAUAAAAUGUACGAAUAUAUAAAAAAGGCUAUUAAUGAAAUAGUCAUUACACCUGAGGACCGCAUAAAAAAUUUGGAAGCGCAUGAACUAUUUACUAUGUUUUUGAUGGAUCGUAAUGAAGUCGCAAUUAAAAAAGCGAAUGUAACAGAUAUUAAUACCUUAUAUAACGAUUUUCUGAAGGAUCCUGACCAGCAUUAAAACGUAUAAUUAAGAAUUUUAUUGAUUCUAGAAAUGUAUCGAGUAAUUAAGAUGACGAUGAUUCAACAUGGGAAAAUUAAUAUUACAUUAUAAUUUAAUAUUAUAAUUAAAUUACACUAUCUAUAAUAUAUUAUUGUAAUUAUUUUUAAAACUCACAUGAGUAUAACAUUUUAUUUUCAAUUAAAUUUCAUUAUAAUAUAUAACAUUUUUUGUUGUAUGAUAUAGUAAAAAAAUAUAUUUUAAUAUUAUACCUAAAUAAUAAUUCAUUUAAAGUAAAAUGAUUUUUAGUUUAUCCUUCAAUUGUAUAUGGUAUUAUUAUAAAUAUUUGAAAAAUAUUUGUAUUAACUUAAUAGUUGCUCUUAAAACUUGAUAAUAUUAUGUUAAAGCUACGCCAUAUUAUUAACAGAUAAACGACAUUAUUAACGUA